GCUCCCUGCCAGUAGUCAUGUGACAUAGCCAAGAUGGCAGACGAUGGAGAAAGCGAUGCCGACUUUUUGGAAUACAAACUCUGCGCUUUCCAAGAUGAGUUGUCUCUGGAUGGAAUUAAAAACAUUCUGCUAUGUCCUCGCUACCACAUCCUUGUCAUUCUGUAUGACGAUGGCAAUUUACAUGUUGUCCGGGCAUCGGAGACCCGACAACGACUGAAAGCUGUCCCCAACGUCAGAUCAAUUCAUUAUGACAGCAAUGAACAUCAUGAAACUACAUUGUGUAUGCACCACAUAGAUGGUAAAUUGUCAGCUUUCUCCUUGGAGGAUGAUCUGAGAUAUCUUUUUACUUGUGAGGAAUCUGUAUUGGCUCUGGUGUUAUGUAAAGAAGGUCUUGAACUAUUUAAAUCUACUGCACCUUAUUUACUUGGUUAUGCACACUCUUCAGUUAUUUUACUUACCAAGAAAAGGCCAACUAAUUGCCAAGCUAGUUCUGAUGUCAUCACUACUACUACUACUCUUACCAUAGCUUGUGUGUAUUUUACCAGUGAAGCAUCACAGAAACCCUGCUGUCAGUACACUAUUGUAUUAUCAGACCAAUUUGAAGAGGAUCAUAUUGUGCCAUCUGUUCAACUUUAUGAGUCAACUAUAUCUGUUCUAGACUGGCCACAACACACACUUUAUCUAUAUGAUAGCAGUGAUGGAGUAUGUUACCUUCAGGUUGAUCUUUGCUCUGUUGUUCAUCUCUGUAGCAGUAUGCCCCGGUUUUGGUGUAUGUCAAAUGAUGUUGCACAUCUCUUCCUUAUCACUGAAAUAAACUCUGCCAUCUGCCUCUCUUUGAAGGAUUUAUACACUUUAUGUCCAGCAGACUGCAAAUUCUUUUUUCCAUCGGAUAACCUUUCACAAGACAGAGAAUACAAAAAGUGGAUACGCAUUCAUAAAUAUGGUUAUUGUUUGCCAGUGAUCCAAAGAGGCCAGUUUUCUAAUGUAUCGUGUCUUGGAAAAGUUGUUAAAAGAAGAGUAUCUGGAUUGAAAAAAUGUCUUUCAUCAGUAACUCUGGAUGACAAAAUUAAAGUAGUACAGCUUCCAGAAUUCCUAGAGCAACAUAGUGUCAAAGAGAUUGCUUUGUCAACAACAUUAGCAAAAGUGCUGUUCUCCAAGAGAGAUAACAUAGAUCUUUCAAUUCUGUGGCUCUGUGACUUUACAACAGGCAAUGUCAAGUUAAAACGUUUUAAAAAAGAGACUGGUCUCCUUGUACUGGGUAUGGAAAAAUGUCACCCACCUCUUAUCCUAAAAGAAACUGGAAUAUUUGCAAUAGUUGAUGAGCUUCACCAAGAGGAAUUUGUGGAUAAGGUUAUGACUUAUGGUGGAGCUCGUUUCACUGAUGAACUGUGCCAGAUGAAUCAUUGGGGGCGUUGCUCAUUACCCCUACGGGCUCUGGAACUUGGCUUAAAAUAUCGACAGAUUGACACUGUCACCAUAUUCCUGCAGACUAGACAGAAUUUAUUCUCACAUGAGAAAAAACCUGAUGGAAAUGAACAGAAAAAUGGUAAUGUAAAUAGCUGCUUGCCCAAACUACAGGCAUUAGAACCAGCUUACCAACUGUUAUUGCAAAGUAUUGAAGAUAACAUGGCUGAACAACAGUCUUUGUUCUUUGCACAACAACUACUUGGUAUAAUGUUAAAUCAUUUAUAUUCUGUGCUAAAUGAUAUCCUUGCAUUCAAGAAUUCUUUACUAGACAAUAUUGCACUUGAAGUCUUGCAAGAAACAGAGUCAAUGACCCAAACAGUUCUACAGUAUAUUGCUAAAGUACGCACAUAUAUGAAUGCUUUUGGUUUGAAGAAACGGAAUUCUCUGACAGAUGAUACUAAAACAGGAAUCUGCAAUUCAAUAGAGAGCAGCACAGCUGAGUACAAUGAAUGGUCAGAAAUGGAUGUGACGGAUGCCAUUGAAGAUAGCAUUAGAAAAAAUACUGUCCCUAUUGUCCAAUACUACCUUCUCCAACAGAACUCUCCAGAAUUAGCCAGCCUUUCUGAAGUUACUCGUUUAGGUUUACUUCAAGGAAUUAAAUAUUUGAUGAAUGCUAAGUUUGAUGAAGCAUCACUACUCAUAUCAAAUCUUGGUUAUAAACCUGUAGAAAAAUAUUGGGAAUUUGCCCUUUACACAAAUGAUUGCUUGUUAAGAGACUGUAUUCUUAAUUAUUUCACGGAAACAACUGAAGAACAGCAGAAAUUAAUUACUUUCUUCCAUUUAUUACAACAAACUUAUCCUUGUAUCUCAUAUGAAAAGGCUAAAGAAAAUAUUUUACCAUUAAAUGGCUGGAAAGUUGUGGACCCGAUUGCUGCUUGCAUGAGUAUUGCACCAUCAUGUGUUAAUAUGAAAGCAUCCUGUGGAGAAGUGAGCAUUAACAAACCUGAGGAAUCUUUGUCUACUAUAACCUCUCCAUACAGUGAUGUACAACUUGAUUGGCUUUUGUCUUGGUCAUAUGAUACCAGACAUUUGGUUAUUCUUGAUGGCAAUAUGACCAGUCAAGCAGCUGCUCCUGUCCAGAAUGUUCCUCCCAGUGUCAUGUGGGAAUACUUAGUCAGCCACAACCGGAUUGAUGCUGCAUUAAAUUGGUUAUUUGAACAUAUCAGUUCGAAAAAGGAAUUAGUAACACCACCUGAUGAUAUUUCUUAUCAACAAAUUUUUCAUAUUGUAAAGACUCAUGGAACAAACUAUCUCCAGGAAUUGGUUCAAACUUUACUAGCAGCAAAUGGAAUUCUGGAUCCUUCAUUAUUGACUCGCAAUUUUGCAAUGUUCCUUCAUUUGUUGAACCACUUAAAAGGUGUUUUAAAACUUCCUUCUCCAAUAACUGAAGUGAAAACAUGUUCUAUAGAAUUACGCCAAUUCCACCAAGAUAUGAUUGCUUAUUGUACCAAGAACAACUUUGGUUAUCUGCUGUGGAAAUAUUGCCAGAUUCAUAAGAUUAGCCCCAAGCAAUUAUCCUUGCAAUACUUUGAGAGUAAUGAAGACAUGUGGAUGAAGAUGUUUAACAGCUUUUAUGCUUUAUCUAUAAACCCUUAUGACACCAGCCCCAUCUAUGAAGCUAGCUUGUCCAAUGCUGCAGUUGUUUGGAACUUGAAAGAACCAUCCGUUACUGACCUCAUUCGAGAAGGUCAUGUUUUGGCUGCCUUAGCAACUAUUCUCUAUGGCAAUGACCUAUUAACCUCAAUGACUGCCAGUUCCACUGUUCCUGAUAUAUUCCAAGGAAUCGACAUGAAUCUUCUUGAAGAUAGCCUGCUUCACUACCCUCGGCUACAUGAUGCUUUAUUUCCAACUUCAGUGAAGAAAGUUUGCCAAUAUGAUAUCACAGUUUACCAGUUAAUGAAAGGAAACACCCCAUUUGAUCCUGCCUGGUUGUAUGGAUGGCAGAAUACAAAUACAUCAGUGGUUGAAGAAAAUUUGAAAGUGAUGCCUCACUUCUCUUUACCUGAGCUUGUUUCUAAAUAUGCUCAACAUGAAGACAUUGACUUUACAUAUUAUCUGCGGCAAGGAAGACCUACAUUUGCUUUCUGCUCUUUCUUAACUGAUGAAUUCAACCAUGGCACUGUUAUCGCUCAACAUAGAGUGCAAUAUGCUUGUCAGAUUUCCACCAAACUGGCUGUUAAGUAUUUCAGUCAAAGCCAAGUAUCCGCAUCAUGUGCAGCUUUUGUAGAAAUGCUUGGAGUUGAUAGCAUUUUGCUUCGUUUGUUGGUGAACAUUGGUAAUAAGAUUGUUGCUUAUAGAAUGAACAAGCUGAAGUCUUGGGGAGGCUCUGUUCAAUGGAGAAAGGAUUAUAACCAGCAAUUUGAGCAAGAAACAGGUCAGUUGUUAAUGGGCUGCCUUAAACGAAAACGGAAUUCAGCCUCAGAGCUGCUCAAUACUUUAGAAGAUGCUACUGAGUAUGACAUUGAAAAGGAAGAAGUUUCACCUUUUGGUUUCGAAGCCGGUCAUUUAUGGACACAAUCUAUUCUAUUGUGUUAUCAUCUUCAUCUGCCUUACUCUACUAGAUUUCUUGAGAAUUGUGCCAAAACCAAUAACUGGUUACCAUUCCUUUGGUUUGCACAGCUGCACCAAUAUCCCAAAGAUCAGCUUUUACAGUUAGUUCCAUGGUUUCCUAGUCCUCAUCUUCGAGAUCACAUAUUCUACAUUGUAAAUAAUGCUCAAAACAAUCUUUUCACUGAGACUGAAGAGACAACUACCAAAACUGACUCGGAUAUGAAAAAACCUGCUACAAAAGCAUUUCGUUAUGGUUUUUAUAGCAAAUAGGAGUAGCUUCUGACACAGGGCAAAGUAGUUCUGAUGAAGAUGAUGCUUUAAUAAUCAAUUCAAA